AAGAUGGCGGCGUUCAACGCGGAGCGAUGGCUGGAUGGCUUACCAAACCACAGUAUUUUCCAAAAAAAUCGAGAGAAGUUGAAUUUGGAAUCCAGCGCAAAUGGAAAAGUGGUAACCAAAAACCUCACUUUUUGUUUGGAUGGGGACUUUUUCCUGUGGGACGACACGGACCGCGUGUUUUAUACGACCAAUUUGCGACAGCUAAACUCGGAUGAGAGUCGCAAUAGCGGGAACUAUCAGACGUUGCUAUGUAUUAACCCUCCUCUCUUCGAAGUGUGCCAGGUGUUGCUAAGUCCAACGCAGCACCACGUCGCGCUUGUGGGGCGGCGGGGCGUCUCGGUGCUGGAGCUUCCUCAGCGGUGGGGCAAGAGGUCCGAGUUCGAGGGGGGAAGGAGCGAGAUCAACUGCAAGACCAUCCCGGUGGCGGAGCGCUUCUUCACCAGCUCACCGUCGGUGAGUCUGCGACAGGCGGCUUGGUACCCCAGCGAGACCGACGAGCCCCACCUGGUGCUGCUCACAUCCGACAACACCAUCAGGUUCUACGGAUUGAGGUCGCCCCAAACAUUGGCCAAAGUCCUGUCAGUGUCGCAGUCGGAAGAUGGCAGCAGCGUCCAUCCUCCGGCCCGUUCCUAUGCGGCAGCUCUUGGCGAGAUAGCAGUGGCGUUUGACUUCGGGCCGAUUUUGUCGUCCCCUCGGCAGCUGGCAGCACGGUGCUCCAGAGAGCAGCUGAUCUACCCACUGUACAUCCUCUACGAGAAUGGGGAGACCUAUCUGAGUUACACGAGCCAGGCAAACGGUAUGAAUAUAAGUAAACCCAUUGGACCCCUCCCGAUGUAUCCUGCAGCAGAAGAUAACUAUGGCUAUGAUGCCUGUGCCAUUCUCUGCCUGCCGUGUGUGCCCACUGUCCUUGUCAUUGCCACAGAAACAGGCACUCUGUAUCACUGUGUGGUAUUGGAGUCUGAAGAAGAGGAGGAGACAGGGGCAGUGGAAAAGUGGAUGGGAGGCACAGAAGCAGUGCCAGCUCUCUAUGUAUUUGAGUGUGUUGAGCUGGAGCUCACCCUCAAAGUAGCCACAGGAGAGGAUGAGGAGCCUCAAGAGUUUGAUUUCACUUGCCCAAUCAGACUGCACCAGGACCCUCUGUGCCAGCAAAGGUAUCACUGCACCCAUGAAGCAGGAGUGCACAGUGUGGGGUUAAUCUGGGUCACAAAGCUUCAGAAGUUCCUCCAGUCAGAUGAGAAGGAUAAGGACAGUCUCCAGGAAUUGGCUGCUGAGAAGAGGUGUAUUGUAGAGCACAUUCUUUGUACCAGGCCACUCCUAACCAAUCAGCCAGCUCCGGUUCGUGGCUUUUUGAUUGUAUCUGACCUUUCCUUGGGUGCCACCAUGAUCUGCAUCACCAGCACCAAUGAAUGCAUCCUGCUGCCCCUGCUGAGCUCCAUUCGCCCUCCCUCCCCUCCCCUGCUUUGUUCCCAUCCAGGUCCAGGCUCUGGUAGCUCCCCUCUACGAGGGCUGUCCGAGGACUCCUUCGAGCAGCACAUCCGCAACAUCCUGACACGUAGCUCCACCAAUCCUCUCGUACUUAAGGCUGGGGACAAGGACACGUCACCACCACCUCCAGAGUGUCUGCAACUCCUCAGCAGAGCCACACAGGUCUUCAGUGAGGAGUACAUUCUCAAGCAGGACAUGGCUCGUGAAGAGAUGCAGAGAAGAGUAAAACUCCUCACGAGUCAGAAGAACAAGCAGUUGGAAGAGUUGGCUCUGUGCACGGAGGAGAGGAUGAGUCUAAGAGAGGCAGCAGAGAGGUUGGCUGACAAAUACGAAGAUGCAAAGUAUCGCCAGGAAACCAUCAUGAACAGGGUUAAAAGUGUACUGGGCAGCCUGCAAAGCCAACUACCCAUACUAUCCAACAGUGAAAAGCAUAUGAAGAAGGAGCUGCAGACCAUCAGCGAUCGACUGAAACACCUGGACAACUGCAUCAGACAGGUGAACAUGAAGAUGGAGUACCAGAAGACGCAAGUGGACAAGGAUGUGCCUGCAGCCAGGACAACAGUCGCACUCAAUGCCCAUCACAAGAAGGCUGUUCAGGAUGUUCUCAGAGAACAGGGACAGCAAAUUGGUGACAUGAUGAAACAGAUCAGAGACAUUAAAAAUCAUUUCAGCUUCUAAGCACUGCAGAAAUAAGUAAAAAUGUAUUGCAAACAAUUAGGGAAAAUCAUUCAAAUGCUCUUUUGAAUACAGUCAUAAAAUCUGCCUUUUUGUGAUAUUUGACUAGACGCUGGAAGUAGUGCUUUAGCCACAAGUUAAUGUGCCAUGUGAGGAAUGAGUAUUUGAAUUGAAAGAUAUUUUAUAUACACUGAUACAGCUUUACCUUUGAUACAUGUUUGUCUCAUAAUAGGGAUGCAAUUGCCUUCUUGUCUUGCAACAUUUUUCUUUUUCUUUUUUUACAUGUUGUACAAUGUUUCUAAAUGUGAAGUCACUGCAAAUCAGUGCCUGGAAGAAUAGUCAUAGAAGAAUAAGCCUAUAGACAGGUCAAGUGGGAAAUAUUUUGAGCAAUUAUUUAGCAUAUGUUUUGAACAUGCUAACUGUUUGGAUUAAGAAUAAAAUGUAAUGCUCUCUAACUGUCUUUACU